CCGGAAGUGAUGAUCAGUAAACAGUCCCAGAAGGAAGCUGUGAAGUUUGGCAGAAAUUAAAGGUGUAGAUGAAGAUGAGCAUCCCAGACUACAUGCAGUGUGCUGAGGACCACCAGACCGUGCUGGUGGUGGUCCAGCCUGUUGGCAUCGUACCUGAGGACCAGUUCUUCAGGAUCUACAAGCGCAUUGCCAGUGUGAGCCAGGUGAGCAUCAGGGACUCACAGCGCAUCCUCUACAUCCGCUACCGGCACCACUACCUGCCCGAGAACAACGACUGGGGGGACUUCCAGACCCACCGUAAAGUGGUGGGCCUGAUWGCCGUCACCACGUGCUCCUCGGCCAAGGACUGGCCCCAGACCACGGAGCGCUUCCACGGACAGAAGGAGGUGUACAGCUCCAGUCUGUACGACUCGCGCCUGCUGGUGUUUGGGCUGCAGGGGGACAUCGCAGAGCAGCAGCGCACAGACGUGGCCUUCUACCCCGACUUUGACCACUGCUCAGAUGUGGAGAGGAGGGUGGAGGACUUCGUAGAGUCCAUAUUUAUAGUCCUGGAGUCCAAGAGGCUGGACCGAGCCACUGACAAGUCUGGGGAUAAAAUCCCUCUGCUGUGYGUUCCCUUUGAGAAGAAGGACUUUGUGGGUUUGGACACAGACAGCAGGCAUUACAAGAAACGCUGCCAGGGACGGAUGAGGAAACAUGUGGGAGACCUGUGUCUGCAGGCCGGCAUGCUGCAGGAUGCUCUGGUCCACUAUCACAUGGCUGUGGAGCUGCUCAGGGCCGUGAAUGACUUCCUUUGGCUUGGUGCUGCAUUGGAGGGCUUGUGUUCAGCCUCUGUCAUUUUCCAUUAUCCUGGAGGGACAGCAGGGAAGAUGGUCGGACGUAAACCAAGUAUUUCCCAGGCAGCAGAUGCAGGCAAGCGCCACAGACCAGGAGCUCAGGAGGUUCUCAUUGACCCAGGUGCACUCACAACCAAUGGCAUCAGUGCAGACACCAGCACUGAGAUUGGACGAGCCAAGAACUGCCUGAGUCCAGAGGACAUUAUUGAGAAAUACAAAGAGGCCAUCUCCUGCUAUGGAAAGUAUAAAAAUGCUGGCGUGAUCGAGCUGGAGGCCUGUGUUAAAGCGGUCAGGGUGCUUGCCAUCCAGAAAAGAGCCAGAGAGGCCUCUGAGUUCCUGCAGAACGCUGUUUACAUCAACCUGGGACAGCUGUCAGAGGAGGAGAAAAUCCAGCGUUACAGUAUCCUGUCUGAACUCUAYGAACUGAUUGGCUUCCAUCGUAAGUCAGCUUUCUUCAAACGAGUUGCAGCCAUGCAGUGUGUGGCCCCCACCAUCCCUGAGCCAGGCUGGAGGGCCUGCUACAAGCUGCUGCUGGAGACCUUACCUGGAUACAGCCUGUCGCUGGAUCCCAAGGAUUUCAACAAAGGGACCCACAAAGGCUGGGCUGCAGUGCAGAUGCGCCUACUACAUGAGCUGGUAUAUGCAUCCCGCCGCAUGGGCAACCCAGGCCUGUCUGUGCGCCACCUGUCCUUCCUGCUGCAGACCAUGCUGGACUUCCUGUCUGAUCAAGAGAAAAAAGAAGUGACCCAGAGUUUGGAGAACUACACCUCCAAAUGCCCUGGUGGGAUGGAUGUCAUCACGCUUUCUGAUGGACUAAAGCUCCCUUCAGUGCCCUUCACAAAGCUCCCCAUUGUCCGAUCAGUGAAGCUCCUUGAUCUGCCCGUGGGUUUGCGACCACACAAAGUGAAAGGCCUGCUGGGACAGAACAUGUCCACAGCAAGUCCCUUCAUCUACUCACCCAUUAUCAUGCACAACAGAGGAGAGGAACGCUGUAAGAAGAUAGAUUUCCAAUGGGUUCAAGGAGAUGUUUGUGAAGUGCAGCUGAUGGUCUACAAUCCGAUGCCUUAUGAGCUUCGUGUGGAAAAUAUGGGUUUGCUGACUUCUGGAGUAGAGUUUGAGUCUUUGCCUGCAGCACUGUCCCUGCCUGCAGAGUCCGGCCUGUACCCUGUUACUCUGGUUGGGGUUCCACGCACAGCUGGAAACAUCACUGUCAACGGUUACCACACGUCMGUGUUUGGUGUGACCAGUGAUUGUCUACUGGAGGACCUGCCUGCUGUAAAGACCAGUGGCUGUUUAGUGGAAGUAAUCCCUUCUCUUCCUCGUCUCCAGCUAAGCACGUCACUCCCACGGUCAGCUCACACACCUCAGCCCAUGUCAAAAGAAGAACUGUCCAACUCGGUGUCCUUUCAGCUGUUCAACGGAGAAACCCAGCAGCUCACCAUCGUCUUAGAGAAUAUUGGCUCUGAAGACAUCGAGACUCUGGAGCUGACCUCCAAGAUUACCAACACCAAAGAAAAAGUGUUUAGUGGCUUUCUGAGCUGGGAGCUAGAGGAAGCUCUGAGCCACCUGCCUUUGAAGCCAGGCCACACCGUGACCCUGACCAUCAMCAUCAAAGUCAAGCUGGACUUUUCUGGUCAGGAGAACCUGCUGCAGGACCUCAAUGAUGAUGGGAUCAGUGUGACAGGUUUGAUGAUCUGCAGUCCAUUCCGACAAGCCCUGAAACCCAGGUCUGACACCAAGUCUAUUAGCAGCGAGUCUGGAAAGGCUGAAUACAGCCACGUUAAGACUUUAGAGGCAGUGCUGAACUUCAAGUACUCUGGAGGGGCCGGCAAAGUAGAGGGCUACUACAGAGAGCUGUCCUUGGGGGUCCAUGUGGACGUGGAGCCUUCUGUGUUUUUCACCAGAGUCAGCACCCUCCCUGCUACCAG